AGCUUGUCGACAAUAUCAAGUUUUUAAUUCGGCAAUUAGCACCCAGUUAUCGCUUUAAGUAAUCUGCAUUUUGAUAAAACUUAUAAAACAGAGCCUCAAUCUUUAUGUCUAAUUGCAGUUGUAUACGGUAUUGGGUAGAGCUUUAACUUUUACGUCCAAACGAAUUUUAUUUAUCAACACGGUUGGAAGUGAGUGGGGGCUGUCAGCCUGUCUGUUUUUUGAAACCGGCCGAGACGUAAUUUCUAAUUUAUCUAAAAGGGAAAACAAUUAGUAUGAGCAUCGAUUUAAAAGGCCAACAACUUUGACGGACAAAACGGAAGAUCAUGGAAACGAUAUGGAUAUAUCAAGUCUACUUAUAAAAAAUAUCAAUAUUUACUAUCAAUUGAAUUACUAUGAAUAUCAAAAUUGUUUAUAAACGUGGUCCCGUUGUUGGCAUACGUCACCUGCAGGCCUUUCUGCUUUUUCUGGCCAUCGUGGUGAAUUACACAGCACGGCUCGGCGUUAGCGUGGGCGUAGUGGCCAUGACGGAUGCAGCGACCACCAAUGAAAAUUUUCCGGAGUUCGAUUGGUCAGGAGCGCAGCAGUCGUACGUCCUGUCUUGCUUUUAUUGGGGCUACAUCAUCACCCAAUUUCCCGCCGGUUUUUUGGUUCGGCGCUUUGGGGCUAAGGCGGUUCUGCUCAUCCCAACGCUGGGAACGGCCGUCCUAAGCGCUCUAACGCCUUUCUGCGUAGCCUGGGGCGGCUGGCAGGCCUUCUGCACCAUACGCAUCGUGGAGGGCCUCUUUCAAGGUCUAAUCUUUCCAUGCAUUCACGAGCACCUGGCCAAGUGGUCUCCGCCGGAGGAUCGCAACCGGCUGGGCGCCUUUGCUUACUCAGGGGCCGACUGCGGGUCAGUUCUGGCUAUGGCCAGCAGUGGUCUGAUAGCAAACAGCUCCAUGGGUUGGCCGGGAAUUUUCUACGUGUCGGCAGGCACCUGUGGGCUUUGGUGUCUCCUCUGGGUGACACUCAGUGCAAAUAACGCCCCUAGCCAUCGGCUGAUCGGGGCCCGGGAACAGGACCACAUAGAACGUUCAACGAAGCGGAGCGAUGGCUUCCACGGCCAGAAGAUUCCCAUCCCAUGGCGUGCCAUCUGGACUUCCGUUCCCUUCUAUGCACUAUUGAUCGUGCGGGGCGCUCAGGGCUGGGCCAAUUCCAUAAUGCAGCUGCAGACACCAUUCUACUUGCACGGCGUCCUGAAAAUGGACAUCAAAAGCAAUGCGCUUUACUCGGCCUUGCCCUUCCUGGCCAUGUGGGUUAUGUCCUAUAUAUACCUAGUCUUCGCUGACGUGGCCAUGUCUCGGCAUUGGAUGUCCUUAACCACGCUACGCAAGGCAAUUAACACCGUCUCGUUCUGGGGGCCGGCGGCAAUUCUUAUCGGAACUGGCUUUCUGGACAACAGUCAGACCAGUCUGGCUAUAGCUCUGAUGACGAUCAAUGCUGGCUUAAACGCCGGGUCUGGAAUAGGUAGCAUCCUGACCAUCAUCGACAUGUCGCCCAACCACUCAGGCAUGCUGAUGGCCAUUGUUAACGGCAUUGGAAAUAUAUUUCCGCUCCUUACGCCGCUAUUAGUAGGCGUUAUUGUUACCGAUCCUCCAGAAUCGAAAGUGCGUCGAGUCCAGUUUGAUUUGGAAGAAACCCCAUCGGUCUCUAAUUCAACUGAACGGCAAAUGGCAGAGUUGAAAGAAGAGUUUCGCCAAACCCGCAGGGAGAUCUCUGUUAUGUCGCAGAAGCUCGACAUUUUGCCGGACAAAGUGGCGGAAGUCAACGCGAUUUGGAAGGCAUCAUUCGCUCCAGACAAGGAGAUUACGGGCGCGGUACCGUUUCCGUUGAAAACGGAAGAGGAACUAGAUGAGUUUGAAAAUUCCUUGCCCCGGAGCUCAUCGGUUUUUACACAAAGAAAAUAUCCAAAAUAAUUGGUAGCGAACCGCUGUCAAAGAGGUUCAAGAUGGUCAUAGAUGGUCAAUGAUUAAAUUUACAAUUUAGUAGACCCGUAACUGAAAUACAUGACUGUGUCCGUAUAAGUAAUAAAAUGUUGUGGCUAAUUGAAAAAUGGGCAAAGGAAAAUGGAUUGGGUAUAAAUCCUAAAAAAUCGAAGUGCUUGGUAAUUGGUAAAAAGCUACUUUAAAGACUUUCACUCCAAAAAUUAUAUAUAAACCAUACGCCGAUAAGCUAUGAAGUGAAUGCAGUUAAUCUAGGGAUAACAUUUAACAAUACUUUAUCAUGGAGCAACCAUAUAGUCAAAGCGACAGGGCGUACAAUGCUCUGCUGAGAAAAUUUUCAUUCUCCAAAUCGUUCCUAACUGAGGAAGUUAGACUAUUAAUCGCCAAAGUUAUCCUCCUGCCCACUCUCUUUUACGGCAUAGAAAUUUUUGGAAGUUGUGAUGCGCGGGAUUCGCGUACAUUAACUGUAGCCUUUAAUUCAGUUGUCCCUUAUGUGUUUAACUUAAGACGUUUUGACCAUGUAUCAGAACUGACAUAUAAAA